AUGGGCUGGAUUAGGACUCGUGAGCACAGUGAUCCAAAUCCUCGCUGCCAAGCUUGCGGCGGAGCGCUUCCUGCUGCUGCGCUACACGAGAGCAUCCAGGGAAGGGCUCCAAGGACGAGACGCAAGGGAAAGUGCUUAUCUGACAGCCUGAGUUUGGAAAGCGCCUCUUUUGAGGACAGAAGUCCAUUGAGGAAGAAUUUGUCCCUCUUCUUCAGCAUUGCUUUACUGACCUCCUGGGGGACUGCGCUGCUGGGUGUCCGCUUGUACUGGAUGGGCAACAAACCUCCGAGCUUUUCCAACUCGGACAACCCCGCAGCCGACUCGGACAGUUUUCUCACGCGCACUCUCACCUUCUUCUAUCUGCCCACCAAGAACCUUUGGCUGUUGCUGUGCCCGGACACCCUCAGUUUCGACUGGUCCAUGGAUGCUGUGCCUCUUCUUAAAGCAGUCGGCGACUGGAGGAACCUGCACACCGUGGCCUUCUACGCGGGGCUCCUCCUCCUCGCCUACUGCAGCCUGAAGGGCUCUGGUGGCGAGAGGGAGUGCAACGGGAAGGCGGUGAUGAACGGCAAGCAGAACGCCAACGGGCACAGCUGCCACUCGGACGUGGACUAUAAGGCGUUGGAGGGGAAGUCCAGCUUUGCAUCCAAAGAAGAGAACGGCGUAAAAAAGCACGGAGGGCAGAAGCUGCCGCUGCCGUCAACCGAGAACAUUGUCGUCCUGUCUCUGUCGUUGUUAGUAGUGCCCUUCGUUCCUGCCACCAACCUGUUUUUCUACGUUGGCUUUGUAAUAGCAGAGCGUGUGCUGUAUGUCCCUAGUAUGGGCUUCUGCCUGCUGGUUACAGUGGGUGUCAGGGCCCUUUAUGUCAAAGUCCAGAAGCGCUUUCUGAAGAACUUGGUCUUUUGUUCCACUGCUGCAUUAAUUGUUUUCUAUGGACUCAAGACUGUUGUCAGGAAUGGGGACUGGCAGAAUGAGGAGAUGCUGUACAGGUCAGGGAUAAAAGUAAACCCUGCUAAAGCCUGGGGCAACCUGGGAAACGUUCUCAAGAGCCAGAGCAAGAUCUCGGAAGCCGAGAGCGCCUACAGAAAUGCCUUGUACUACCGCAGCAACAUGGCCGAUAUGCUCUACAACUUAGGAUUGCUACUUCAGGAAAAUAGCAGAUUUUCAGAAGCAUUACAUUACUAUAAACUGGCAAUUGGUAGCAGACCCACAUUAGCUUCUGCCUAUUUGAAUACUGGUAUCAUCUUGAUGAAUCAAGGGAAGACAGAAGAAGCCAGAAGGACGUUCCUAAAGUGCUCAGAGAUCCCUGAUGAAAAUUUGAAAGAUCCUCAUGCCCAUAAAAGCUCUGUUACGAGCUGUCUUUAUAAUUUAGGAAAACUUUUUCAUGAACAAGGACACUAUGAGGAUGCCCUUAUGGUUUACAAGGAAGCAAUACAGAAAAUGCCCAGGCAAUUUGCACCACAAAGCUUAUACAACAUGAUGGGAGAAGCCUACAUGAGGAUGAGCCGGCUGCCGGAGGCAGAGCACUGGUACGUGGAGUCCCUGCGGGCCAAGAGCGACCACAUCCCGGCACAUCUCACCUAUGGGAAGCUCCUGGCUCUGACGGGACGCAAGAGCGAGGCAGAGAAGUACUUUGUGAAGGCUAUUCAGCUGGACCCUACCAAAGGCAACUGCUACAUGCAUUAUGGUCAGUUCCUCCUAGAAGAAUCCCGCCUGAUAGAAGCAGCUGAAAUGGCAAAGAAAGCAGCUGAACUAGAUAAUACAGAAUUUGAUGUUGUUUUCAAUGCAGCCCAUAUGCUCAGACAAGCCAGUCUCAAUGAAGAAGCUGAAAAGUAUUACGAAAUGGCAGCAGCAUUAAGACCUAAUUAUCCAGCUGCCUUAAUGAAUCUUGGAGCCAUUCUCCAUCUCAAUGGUAAACUCAAAGAGGCUGAAGAAAACUACCUCCUUGCUCUUCAACUUAAACCUGAUGAUGUCAUCACUCAGUCCAAUCUUCGCAAAUUGUGGAAUAUUAUGGAGAAACAAGGUUUAAAGACAUCCAAAACAUGA